AUGGCUGAUGUAGGAAAGGCUCUUAAAGAUAAAGUGAAGGCUGAAUACGAAAAGGUGGCGCCCUCGGGACAAGGUAACAGGUUCAUGGAUGAAACUGGAUACGAAAAUGCAAAAGAGUCCGCUUCAAGCGCAAUGGAUGCUACGAAAUCGGGCAAAGGAACGUAUCCAACUAGCAAUUUAGGCCAGACGGAGGAAAAUAUCCGCGAAACAACGGAACGAAAGCUAGAUCAUUUGGAAAAGAUGGCAAAGAAAAAGGUAUAG